CUUGCCAUCCCGAAUCAAUAAUCACAAUCUGAACCAGAUUCAUUUUUUUCCCUUGCCAAAAUUGCUUGUUUCCCCCCUUCCCACCAAAUUUCACCCAUUUCGCGCCGCCUUCCCCGUUGACUCAGCCAAACCUCAUUCCCUUCCUACCCCCCUCGACAAACACCACAUCUGCAUCCCGCGACAUCCCACGGUCAUCCACGUCAGUCCGUCUCACCGUGACAGUCGCUGCAUUCCUACCCCAACUUCGUGCCCUCACCUGACCAGAUCCAAUUUGUCGGUCCCGGCCGGAUGUGACCCUGACGCCAAAAGGCAUUCCAGCUCCCCCAGCUUCGGUCUCAUUUCUCCCUGCAGCACCACCACCACCACCACCACCACCAACUUGCACGCCUUUUCCCCGUUCGUUCCCAACCCCUGGAAGUUCAGAUACCCGACUGUCCGACCGACACGCCUCGGCCGACAUCGCUCCAAGUUUCCACCGAGCGGUUCCUGCGCUGCGACCCCCAAUUCUGGAAGCUGGAACCGUCCCAACAGUAGCUUGCCAAAGCAGGCCCUGCCUGCUGUUGCACACCGCUCUCUCACCGGCUGACCGUCCGGUGUCAUCGCCCCGAACCACCAUCGCCUGGACUCGCCUCGAAUCGCCUCGUGCAUUACCAGCAACGCAACACGAACCACUACCAGCACCGCCAACAAUAGCACAAGCCUCAAGCACACAGAUACGGAUACUUUCUCCCUUUCUCUUCCCCUCACACAUCGGCGCCCAAGCACGCACACACGCACGUCUCGGGCACGCUAUCUACAGAGCACGCACCCGUCUCUCGCAUUCUCUCUUCCAGUUCCCUUCCGACGCAACCAACUCGACUCAACCCAAUACCUGAACCCGACCCCGCCGACACACGCCCAAAACCGGGUCCACGUAUGCGCUCGCAAGCACGCCGAGUCUAGACUCGCCCGCCGUGUGCCGCCUGUCUGCGUCCAGCACAACUUCUCCCUCCAAAACACGUCGCACAACAUAAUGUCCUGACUCCGUCAGCCCUCCCCUGCCGAGUCAUGCCCGUCCAGUCCAAACCCAUACCCGCCCUCUACACGGUGUACGUCCUUCGUUCCACGGUGCGCCACGCGUCUCUCUACAUCGGCUCGACACCUAACCCCCCGCGCCGUCUGAAGCAGCACAAUGGCGAGGCUCGCGGCGGCGCUGCUCGUACCUCCCGCAUGAGCCUGCGGCCCUGGGAGAUGGUUGGCCUUGUGUCCGGCUUCCCGGGCAUGGUUGCUGCCCUGAAGUUUGAGUGGGCGCUGAACAACCCGCAUCUCUCCCUGCACAUACCCUCCGCGUCGCGGAUUACCGUCUCGAACGGCGUGAAGAAGAAUGGUCAUCCUCGUCGGCCUCGAAUGAGCCUGCCUUCCAUACUGUCCAACCUGCAGUUAUUGUUAAGCGUACCGAGUUUUCGCCGUUGGCCGCUGACACUGCACUUCUUCGCAAAGGAUGUGUACAAAGCCUGGCUGUCGUCGUCUGCCGACUCGACCGAGCCUAUUCCAAACACACUUGGUGUGGUCACCGACUUCGGCCCUGACCCCACCGCAUCUUCUUCAGACGGCGCCGCUUGGGGCAUCCAUGCCUUGCCUCUGGACUACGUACCAAUCAAGGCGUACGUCGAAAAGGGACAGUCCAUCACAGCCUUUGAGAGAGAGGGCAACUGUGUUGUGUGCAAAGAUGCGCUCCCUCACGCUCAGGGACUGCUGGCGAUAUGCCCCAACGAAGCCUGCGAAGGCGUCGGCCAUCUUUCAUGCUGGAGUCGUCAUCUGCUCCACAACGAGGGCGACCAACAAGCCGUAGUUCCUGUUCAGGGUCGUUGCCCCCAGUGUGCGGGUCAUGUUCGGUGGGUCGAUAUGAUGAAAGAACUGACGCUGCGGGAAAGGGGAGCCAAAGUGGUUGAGACCCUUCUCAAGAAGAAGAAGAGGCGAACCAAGACUUGAUAAGGUCCACGUGGGUCCAGAUGUGUCAAGGCGGAUCUGCAAGAUCAAUCUUCGAGGUAAAAUCUCGGUCGGCCCGCGAAUCCUGUUUGAUCAGAACGGCCUGAGUCAGAUUGGGUCACUCAUGAACGUGAUGGCGAAGGGCCGUUUUUUUCGGGUUUCGUCAUAUCAGAGGAGAUGCUGUUUCGAAAGAAAUGCCGAUCCUACUUGACAGUUCCCAUUGCUAUUGUUUCGGUUCACGGAUGAAUGAGAUACGGUCGUGACUCGGAAACGGCAUCUUUACAUCUCCGGUAGAAUACGGCCGGCCCAUCUCUUUUCCAUUGCGACACGGGUGGUCU